AUGAAACUCGUCUUUGGCGUCCAUGAUUAUAGCUAUGUGAAACGUUUCGUAGUCGUCAGUCCUUGGGCGGCAAUCGUAAAGCAAGGAUAUGUACCUUUCACCGUGACCAAUGACGUAGCCCUGAUCCACUUCAAAGAAAAAAUCACUCUUAGCCCAACUGUACAACCUAUAGCCAUUCCACAUGCGAAUGACGCUCAAAUACUCUCACCGGGAACACGGUUUGAAACCUACACCAUGGACGAUGGCCCUGGAAGGCUUAUCGUCAGAAGGUUGGAAUUCGAGGCCGUCAGUUCGCGUGAACUUGGAUCAUUCGCGUCGCUAUACAUUCAACACAACCAGAUUUGUGCGAUUCAAAGUUCUAUGUCAGGUCAAAUACAAAAGGGCUCAUCGGGAUCUCCGGUCAUUGGCAAAGCUGGAAGGAGAACGUUGGUUUACGGUUUUGUUACGACUGAAAUUAAUGAAAAGUACAUUACUUUUACCGACAUGGUAGCCGAGAGUAACUUUAUGCGUGUUGCGGCCAGAGUUUUGCCUAACUUUCGCGUGAUUCGGGUGAAAGGAAUGAUCGUGGAAAUGAGUCACGUUGGCAGCUUCUUUCAACAGCUGCUACUGAUUUUGGUGAUGAUAGGAGAGAUUUCUUCCGCGUCCUGGCUUCGUUACGGAAACGGAGUGGCCGAUUUCGAGAAGAAAACAUUUAGAUAUAUGAACGAAACACAGUUUAGUCGGUACUCCCAUCCGUUCCUUGUGAUGCUCACGCGUUUGGACUUGGGCGAAUUUCCAUUUUGUCAUGGAACGUUCGUUGACAUCUGCGGAGGGUAUUUCGUCGUUGUCCCUGGUCACUGCUUGCUUGAGGACUAUAAAAGAAGUUUCGUAGUCGCCAGUGCAAGGGCGGCAAUAUUAAAGCAAGGAUAUGUGCCCUCCAGCUCGACCAAUGAUGUCGCUCUGAUUCACAUCAAAGAAAUAAUCACUCUUAGCCCAACUGUACAACCAAUAGGCAUUCCUGAUUCGAGUGACGUUCAGAUGCUCACACCGGGGACACGGUUUGAAAUCUACACCUUGGAUGAUCACGAUGGACAGCAUAUCGUCACUACAUUAGAAUUCGAAUCGGUCGAUUCAUGCGAACUUGGACCAUCAGCAUCGCAUUACAGGCAACAGAGCCAGAUUUGUGCGAUUCAAACUUCUAUGUCAGGUCAAAUACAGAAGGGCUCCUCGGGAUCCCCCGUCAUUGGCAAAGCUGGAAACAAAACGCUGAUUUACGGGUUUGUUACGACUGAAUUUGAUGAAAAAUACAUAACUUUUGGCGACACGGUAGCUCACAGUGUCUUUUUGCGUUCUGCGGCCAGAUUUUUGCCCCGCUUGCGGAACGGUGCCAUCAGGAAGCUUCGCCGAAGCGGGGCAUCGUUUGGAGUUGUUGCUUGA